CAGGAGGGUGGCCGACGGCGUGGGCGGAUGGCGUGCCUGGGGGAUCGAUCCCGGCGAAUUCUCCCACUCUCUAAUGAGAGUCAGCGAGCGAUUGUGCUGACGGGGAGCUACAACCCCUCGCAGCCUGCCGCCAUUAUCGCUAGGGCAUAUUACGAACUGCUGGAGAACAAGAGUCAUAUACUGGGUAGCAGCACAGCAUGCGUUGUCGUGUUGUCUGGUGAUGCAGGUCAUCUGUAUUCGGCGAACAUUGGGGAUUCCGGGUUCUUGGUCAUGCGCAAUGGCUCUGUUGUGCAUCGGUCACAAGAGCAGCAGCAUUACUUCAACACGCCUUUUCAACUCUCUCUACCUCCGCCGGGCACUGGAGCUCAGGUCUUGAGUGAUGGACCUGAGAGUGCAGAGACCCGAGAGUUCCUAGUGAAAGAGGGAGACAUGUUGAUGGUUGCCACCGAUGGAGUGUUUGAUAACUUACCCGAUUCGAUGAUUCUCAAGGAAAUGGCGAAAGUACAGGGCUCAACUGAUCUAUUAUUGCUUCAGCAAGCGGCGAAUUCUAUUGCACAGCAAGCGAGAAAAUUAGCUUUUGAUGAGGAAUAUAUGUCACCGUUUGCACGUAAUGCACGGGAAAAUGGUAUUAAUGCAAUAGGUGGCAAACCAGACGACAUAACGGUAGUAUUAGCAACGAUAACGGUGUAGAGUCAGUGGGGCCCCAGAAACAUAUUGUAAUUUAAGGCAGCAUCACAAAACUUAUUUUGGAUCUCCACCAGUGAGUGCACACCGUCACAACAGAUAGUUAAAUCAGCACAACAGUAUUAAAUUUACAUAAAUUACAGUACAGGAUUUAUUUUCUUUUUUUUGCCAGGUAAGAACGUUUAUAGUGAAGCCAUCCUUAUGUCUUUAAUAUAUUGUAUCUCUUUCUUUUAUUCAGAAAUAAUACUUGUAGUUUGUAAGGCAUAGGAACCAUUCGUAUGGAUGCUUCUUAUGACUUACAGAAAUUAGCUACUACUGUAAGCAGGUACCAAACCGAACGUUACUGCUGAUUACUUUUAUCUUUUUUUACAACAGUAUUUCACUGUGCAACAAAUAGCACUGAAGCCACAGUAGAAACCUGAAACAAACUUGAUAAUCAAAACAAAAAUCUCAGAUAUCUGCUGUGACUUUAGCACUGUUCUUAGAAAUGAUAUAGUACACAGUACAUAUAGAUGAAAAGCUUUCGAGAACGGUAUGUUUGAAAAUACAGCCACUUUUUGAUUUUCACAAGGUUUGCUUGUUUGUUAGGCUCCUGUCAAUUGUAAUUCGAAUUUAAAGUUUUCCACAUAGGUUUUGUGUUCUGUUGAUUAUGUACAAUGGCAGCAUGUAGGCAUUUCUUGGAACACACCACCAGAAGAAGUUUUUAGCAUAAGGUUCUAUCUUUCAUGUUGAGCUUAAUGCUUAAGCAAGUAUCACCUCAGUAAUCUAGAAUUGGUGGAUAAUAGUUAUCCAAGGUUUUGCAAAGUAGGAUUUUUAUCAAGUAUAUUUCCCUUAAUAUAUACUUAAUGUAAUUUUAUGUAUAGUAUGCAUUGUACUACAAAAAAAAUUUUCAGUGUCUACCCCUAACCAUUUGUCUUUAUUCAAUUAUACAUUUUUUAUGCCUUUUAAUUGUUCAAAUUACUGUUGUCACUUCUUUUGUUUUGAAUUUUGUGACAACUAGCAUAUCCUUGAAACAUCCUCAAUUCCAAAUUCCAUCUUAAAAGUGAACUUCCUGACAUACUAUUAUAUUCUCUGUAGCUCUAAAGUCAUCUGAAUCUAUACAUUCGUUACAUUCUGUGGAAGCAAUUUCAGUGUUUGGUAAUGUCACUUUUCAUAGAAGUGAUUGACUUGAUGUAAUGAUGGUGUGAAUGUUGGCCAAGGCAUUGUAAGGGGUGGCUAGUGUUUAGACAAUGUUCUGGUUCCUGUUAACUACAGCUAAUUGUCAUGGAAAAGAACUUCAUUCCAAUGGGAGACAUAACCAAGCUAAUAUGGCUUUUUAAUUUCAAAGGUUCUGGAAACUUUUAUGAUUGAUAGUUUUACUAGCUUUCUUAAAAAUACCAAAACUUGUGAACUUUGGAAGUGGCUGUACUAGUUCUUUCAUUCACUCACCACAAUUUUCUUUUUUGGGUGUUAGUCAAGUUGCGGAAAAAUUACUUUAGAGAAAACUAUUUAUACUUAGCUUAUUCUUCUCCAAAAAUUCCUAGAUGACAGUGGUUAACACAUUCCAUAUCCUUCCCCCCCAACCCCCCUCCAUCCCCUUAAGCAGUUAUUUCAUUUUUGUAUUUCACUAUCUUUGGGAAUUGAAUUUGAAAAACAAGUAUACACUGUAAAUGCCAUUAUUCUAAGGUAUGAUGUCGUACCAUCCCGAUGAAGUAUGAUACAAUACAGGCGCCUUUCCUACAAAGACUGCGAUUUGGCCAGUUUUGGUUCUACCUUAGAGUAUCAUAUUUCCUCCUACAGUUCAGUAUUUCCUAUGAGCCUUAAUAUGUCCCUAAUACUAGGACUGCCUCAUUGUUAAAAAUACACUUGGAAAAUUAUUGUAAACAGGAUAGCUUUUCAAUGUUGAUAAUAACUUUUCCGUAGGUUACUUUUUCUUUGUUACCAUAAACAAUAAUUUCAUGGUUGUUACACCUAUUAGAUAAUGGUUGUUUUUAUAUUUAUUUUUGGUUUUUUGUGAAAAUCUUAAUGUUGCUCAGGCUUCAAUGGUGUUUGAGUGUGGAAGUCAUCAAUAUGUGGAUUUUCAUCCCUAUCUUAAUACUAAUCUAGUCAAAUAGACCCAUUCAACUUGGGAGUUGCUGGAUUUUGUUUUGCUGGUAUAAAUGUUGUAUGUGAGGUUGUUUAAAAGAGAUUCUUUAAAGACUGGACUUGGUGAGAGGGUUUCCUUUGUUAAAAAAAACUUAAAUAAUUACUUCAGAACCUGGGCAGGCUCCCCUUGACUUUAAGAAAACUUAAUUAUUUUCCCCCUUGCCUUGGAAUAUUUCAAAUUAUACCUAGCACAUACUGCAUUUUGUGUUAGAUUUCUGGGGUCCCAAAUGUUAAGAAACAAUAAAUGGUAGUAAUGAGAUUCCGUCUCACUUAGGAACGUAGUAACUUUAGUCUAGGUAGUUAUUGUUAUCACUGGUUAUGGUCAUAAAAACUGAAGUAUUUGUCGUUUAACUCCUGUACUUUCCAGUUGAUUGAAAAAAAAAUUGAUAAAUGAAAAUAAGACACACCAGGUUAUUUGCAAUCAUCAAUAACUGAGAAGGAACUACAAUAUGCAUCAAAUGGUAUGCUACUCUAAUUCAUGAUUAGGGUCUCUCAAGUCAUAUUUUUUUAGAUUUUGUUUUAUAGUUGAUAAAUUCUAGGAGAAUUAGAUGUAGACUCUAAUUAUGGCUUAUUUGUGCUAUACUCGCAUACUUUCACACGAAGUAUGUGGAACUGAUAAUGAAGCAACGUUGGAGAUGGAUGAGUUAGUCGAUUUUUAUUUAAUUGCAUUAGUCUUAAUUUCAGGUAGUAACUUAACAUCAGUAAUAAUUUUCAGAGUCUCUAUGGAUACUGAUGAUGUUAAAGAAUAAACAUGUAUUUGCAUGUUUGUACAAUAGAUGAUAAAUGUAUAUCUUGCUUGAAAUUUUCAGGUGGUCACUUCCUGGUGUAUUAUUAUAUUUGGCUUAGUGUUGUUAGCUGUUAAGGGCUCUAUAUAUUCAACAUUUCUACAUAGGUAUGUUUGCUUACAUACAGCAAGAUAUUUUUGUAAAGUUGAAUAGAGAAAUACUUGAAUAAUUCAUGACUUCAUUGGAACAGUUGAAUGAUGCACAAAAUGUGUGACAAUAUGCACCAUCUAUACAUAAAGUUUUAGUGUUUACUUAAGAAGGUUCUUUUUAGAAUAUAUUAUUUGUACAAAGCUAUUUGAUGUCUGUUAUCACACAUUUUGCACACCUGGACUGUUUUUUAUCUAAGCUGUAUUUUUGUGAUAAUUUUGUCAUGCCUCAUUAUUCUUACGUGUAGGAAGGAGUGCAUGAAAGAACUCUGAAAUUUCUGCUCUGUGCUCAAGAUUGUCAAAGGUUAUCACAAGAACACAGCUUUGGUGUCUGUGAUGCUUUUCCUUUUGUUUUCAUUUUGCCAUAUAUCAAUUAUGUAGAUGUUGAGUCAAAGAAGCCGUACGCUCACCACUAAGAUAAUGGGAGUGGCACUGAAAAAAAGGAAGGAUUUUUUUUUUCAACAAGAUCAUUAAUGUCAAAAUUUCAAAACAGUAUUUUCUUUGAAAGAAGGUUUUAGUGAAGAGAAAUAUAGAUGCACAGUGAUCCUCUUCUAGAUAAGCAAAUGAUUACCUGUAAUGAAUUAAAAGUAUUUCAAGUCAAGAACAGUCCAUACUAUUAUGUCAUACUCAUUGUUGUGAAGAGAUCUGUGAAACGGUGGAGUCAUUGUUUAUGAUGUUGCUGAAGACAAUGCAAUAUAUUGUGUACUAUACUUGUAUUAUAUUAAUACAUUAUAAGAAGGAA